AUGGCUGCCAAUCCAAAUGCCACAGUUUCUCUGAGAAUUCUGGUAGAUGAAGACAAGAAGAGAGUAGUUUGUGCAGAAACCAGUAACGAUUUCAUCGACAUACUCUUUGGUUUCCUGACAUUACCAAUGGGCACCAUUGUCCGACUCAUUCGCAAGCAUCGAUCAGAGCUUGGCUGCAUCAGCAACUUGUACCAAAGCAUAGAAAAUCUUAACACAUCCAAUUUCUGGACCAAUGCUUGCAAAGACAUGUUGCUCUAUCCAAGAACUCCAUUAGAAGCAUUUUGCAAGAACUUGAAAGUGAAUGUCAAUGACACAAAGACCACCAAGUACUUCACUUGUUCUGAUUUAUCAUGCAUUUUGAAGAAGAGGUUGUUGAGUAAUUAUGGAUCAUCAACUUAUAUUGUUAGUGAUGAUCUCAGAGUAAUGGCUAGCACACCUGGGCUCUUGUUGAAUUGCUUGGCAAUCUUGGCAUCAAAAGCGUAA